GUAGCCGUAAAAAGGCUCUCUAGUGAUUCUGGACAAGGAGAUACAGAAUUUAAGAACAAAGUUCUCUUAGUAGCCAAGCUGCAACACCGCAAUUGGUCAGACUCCUUGGCUUUUGCUUGGAAGGAAAGGAAAGACUUCUCAUCUAUGAAUUUGUGCCAAAUUCUAGCCUUGAUCAAUUCAUAUUUGGUCCUUGUUUUGUUUUGGUAAUUUGCAUACUCACAUGAACUAUGAAUAUAUAGAUCCAAUCAAGCAUGCACAAUUAUAUUGGGAAAGACGUUAUGGAAUCAUUUUAGGCAUUGCUCGUGGUCUCCUUUACCUUCACGAGGACUCUCGUCUUCGAAUUAUUCAUCGUGAUCUCAAAGCAAGUAACAUUUUGUUAGAUGAAGAUAUGAAUGCUAAAAUUGCAGAUUUUGGCAUGGCAAGAUUAUUUGGAAGAGAUGAAACACAAGCCAACACUAGUAGAAUUGUGGGAACUUAUGGAUACAUGGCUCCAGAAUAUGUAGUGCGUGGACAGUUUUCAGUAAAAUCAGAUGUUUUCAGUUUUGGUGUAUUAUUACUGGAAAUUGUCAGUGGUCGGAGAAAUAGUUGGUUUCAAAAUGAGGAUGUAGAGGAUCUACUAAGCUGUGUAAGUUUGAAAAUCUAACUUAUGUUCCUCUGUUGUUAAAAUAAUAGUUCGAGUAUUGGCUGGAUCUCAUUCGAAUGUUGUAUUCGGGUGCACAUUUUUAACUUUUU